GCGCCGGCUUCUUAGCGGGCGUCUUCCACUCCUGGCGCCUCCAGGGAGAGCUCACGAGGUUUGAGGAGGAGCACCGGCAGGAGUUGGAGCAGCAUCACGAUGCCUGGGCGGCACAUUUCCAGCAGCACCAGAUGUCAUUCCAGGAGACGCUGGCCAAGCAUGCAGAGCACCAAAUGACUGCGAAGGAGAAGCGAAAGCAGCAGGCUGACCUCAUUAUCAGCCAGUGGGCCGCAGGCGACGCCAAGGGCACUUGCAAGCAGGCCCUGAGAUCCUGGUCCCACUACGCCCUCCAGGAGCGACGAGCGAAGCGCGCGUCGUCUCGGAUUACCCAGAUGAUCUAUGGAUGGGCCGAGGGGAAGACGAAAGGGACGGCCCGCGCCUGCUUCCAAAACUGGAAGAUGGAGGCCCUCUCGUCUUUGGCUGAGAGAAAGAGGGAAGCGGAUCUUGCGAAGCUGGCGGCAUCUCAAGCCGACGAGCAGGCACGAAGGGACGCCGAGAUGGCCGCGAAGUUGGCGGAGAUCGAAGGCAGAAAGAAAGACCGCACCAGCGGCGUGGAAGCCGUCAUGGCGAACUGGGCCAAGGGCAAAGUCAAGGGCACCGCAGCCCUCUGUUGGAAGCAUUGGUCUGACUUCGCCAAGGCGGUGAAGAGUCGAGCUAGACGCCACGAGGCGGUAAAGAUGCAGAUGAUGAAGUGGGCUGAGGGUGAGGCCAAGGGCACCGCCCGGAGUGUGUGGCUUUGCUGGAAGCAUGAAGCGAAAGCGAACAAGAUCGCACGGCAGGCCGAGCAGGCCGCGAAGGAGGAAGCCAAGCGCCUCGAGAUGAUGCUCGCGGACGAGCAGAGGAAGAAUGGGGAGCUGCACCAGACUGCCGCGCAGAUUCUCGCGGACAAGAAAGCAGCAGCGCACAGGCAAAUCGAGUACAUCGCCGCCAAGUGGGCCGGAGGCGCCAACAAAGGCGCCAAGUCCGGCAUAUUCAAGGGCUGGCACAGCUACGUCAAGGACGCGAAAGCGAAAGGACGGAAGAACCAGGCAGUCCAUGCCGCCCUCACCAAAGCGCUCUUGGGCGAGGCCAAGGGAGCCGCCAAGACGGCCCUUCUCAACUGGCACAUGCUCACGAAAGACGAAAAGGCGAUGAGGAAGCGUGAAGAAGACGAGAAGCAGGCGAACGCGAAGCUGGCCUCGUCCCUGCAGGAGAAAGAGGCCGAGCUUCAGAAGCAUCUGCUGCAG